UCUUUCGUUUGGAUAUGAUAUCUAACGUUUAUACAAUGACGUACAAGCUCGUUGUUAUUCUAUCAAGUCCUCACAGAGUCACGUUUGGUAACAGCAGCUUAUUCCACAAGAGAUAUAGUUCAGUGUUCAACUUGUUCCUGCAGACCCAGAUCCAGUAGUUUGAGUAACUAAAGUUGGAAGUGCAGUAAUAAUCAUUUACACCUAGUUUGAAGUGAAAGGAACGAUUGAAGGGACUUUCCCGAUCCAAAGAGGGGAUUCUUGGCUGAGCAAAGCCACAAUUGCUCAAUGUGUAUGUGAAUUUGAGAAGAAAUGCCCUUGUGAUGAAAGCAGAUUGAGAUAACGGCGAGGCCAACCCGCAAGAUAAAACGGCAAUGGAAACGGUAGUGUCAUAAUAGAGAAUAUUACAAGGGAGUGAGCAUUGUUUUCAUCUACUCAUAAGGAUCAAAAUGAAAUUCAAAUGUCUGUUAGUGUUUUUUGCGUGCCUUGUGAUUCAAAUCCAAGACAUUGUGCCAAUGAAAUUUGAGGACGCUUUGUCAGAGGGCAAAUUCGAGGAUCUCACUUUGAACACACCUUCAGUAAUAGAAUUGGAAUAUUUUGGUGUUCGUGCAACCAAAGCAUUCAAAGUGGACCAGAAAGGCAAAAAAGGUCCAUUGAAGGAAAUAUCCAUAAAAUUUGUCGUAUCACAGGAUGAUUGUGAGCUGGAAGACUCAUCAAGCUUGUAUGUAUACGAAUUGUCUUUAGCAAUAGUGAAGUUAAUUUUCUCCGAGAAAGAUCAAUCUACAAAACUAAAUGGUACUCAAGUACUGAUUCAGGUGGAACAGGGACCGGAUAAUGUGAUUAAACAUACUGUUCAAAGCCCUCGAAUCAAUCCGGAGGCCACCACACUUCAGUCCAACCAACAUUUAUUUCGCACUUGGCCAUUCGCAAAAUAUGAGGAAUAUCAAGUGGAGAAACUUCCGUGGAUCAAUCCUGGCAAUAAAUCAAUAACUCUGUCUCUGCAAGAUAUUCAUCCUCAAGAUAGUAUGUAUUUCCUAGUUACUCUCCACAAGCGAGUCCGGGAUCCAUACACUUAUUCACAAUGGAACUCGGGAUGUCCGAACUCCAGAGGCAGAUUAGAUUACGGAUGUGAAAUCUUUGUGCCAUUUCAAGUGUGCAUCCCACAUGAUGGGCUCACCUGUGAUUAUCUACCCAAUUGUGCACAAACCACUAUUCCAAAUGCGGACGAAAACUGCUCAGCCGUAUGGUCCUUCCAGAAUGCCCUUUUGCUACUGAUCUACACUUUGGCUGCAAUUAGCUCCUCACUAAUAAUUUUGGGUUGCGUACGUGCAUGCAUCCUGAGGUCAGCCUGCGCGCGAUCCGAGGAGCCUGCUACGGAUCGCCGUCCAUCCGGCAUAAUGGAAUACUUGUCCAAUUCUUUACCUCGACGGCCCAGAAAUGCUCCACCCACUUAUGAUGAUGCGGUUAAGAACAACGAGGGUUUCGAACCGGACGAAAGACCUCCUUCUUAUUCUCAAGCAAACUCGCCAAGUCUGUUAUCAAUGGAGACUGCGAAUGAAGUGUCUCCUCCUAGAGUGUCAGACUCCGUCAGAUCUGAAGACCCUUCUUUGUAUCCACAGGAUCCUCCAGAUUACGACGAAAUCACUUCCAAUUCGAUCACUCUGAACAGGGCGUUAGAAAAUCACUACAAUGAAACAGUGCCAAAUUCAAACCCUUGAUUCAAAUAUGUGAUCUUAUUAAUAUAUGCCUUAUCUUCGUAUGACUUAUGAGCCUAGUCUAUAUGCACAUGGAACCAUUAGAUAACACCUUUAGACGGGCAACUCAUGCCAAAAUAAAAAAAAUGCAUGGUUUAGAA